GUCUGGGGAAGGCGGGCGCCGCGCACCGGCGGAGCUCGCUGUGGGUUCGCGUCUCCCCGGCAGAAGGGAGAACGUCUCUUGGCGGGAGUCUCAGGGUGUCGCGGUGUGCGGGGCGCGCUGCGGGUCCGCCCGGCUGUCCCUGCGCGUGCGGGAGGCUCGCAGUCCGGGUAGCUGAGGCGGCCCGGUUCCCGAGCAGCUCGGCUGUAACGGGCUGUGGGGAGGCGGAGUGCAGCGUGAAACGCCCGAGCCGGACUCGGAGGUUGACUAAACCCUGGUCCCUUCCACAGGAUGUUUCAUGCAUUUGUGGACCAGAGCAUAGGAUUAAUUUUCGUAUUUGAAAAGACAGUGCCAGUGGUGGUCCUGCUGCAGCUGCACAGUUUGGCAUUGACGAAGAUGCUGUGCCUGUCUUGCUUGGACUCAUAGUCAUUCUGAAAGUCUUUUCAAGCACAGCUUCUGUUUUAAAACUCAAGUAUCAAAGAAUAUUAGGUAAUGGCGUAGCGACACACUCUGUUUGAGUUCAUAGAGACUCCAUCUGGACUCCAGUACUCUCCAAUCAAAGUGGUUCUCUUGGUUCACUGACAGCAAAAGAUGGGGGAAAGAAAUGGUGAUGCAAGGACUUUCUGGAUGGAGCUACAAGAUGAUGGUAAAGUGGACUUGAUGUUUGAAAAAACACAAGAUGUGCUGCAGUCUCUGAAAAAGAAGAUAAAAGAUGGGUCUGCCACAAAUAAAGAAUAUGUCCAAGCAAUGAUUCUGGUAAAUGAAGCAGCUAUAAGUAACAGUGCAACAAAGGGUCAUAUACCUGUGACUCAGACUGAGCAGGAACACAGAUCAAAUGCAUUUCCCUCCACAUCAUGUGAGAACUUUCCUGAGGACUGUACCAUUCUGUCUCCAGGACAGAAAGCACUCCUGCCUGCCAACAGUAAGGCUGCAGACCUGGGGGAGAAGGAACGCCCUUUGAGUGUGUCUUUCCAGAGCCACAUCUGCUCCAGUGCUUGUCUGAUGGAAACACCGCUGUCCUUGAAGGGAGAAAACCCCCUGCAGCUACCAAUCAGAUGUCAGUUCCAGAGACGACACGCGAAGACAAACUCUCAUUCUUCUGCCCUCCACGUGAAUUAUAAAACACCCUGUGGACGGAGCUUAAGAAACAUGGAGGAAGUUUUCCAUUACCUUAUUGAGACAGAGUGUAACUUUUUAUUCACAGACAACUUUUCCUUCAAUACUUACGUUCAGUUGACUCGGAAUCACCCAAAGCAAGAUGAAGUUGUUUCUGAUGUAGAUAUUAGUAAUGGAAUGGAACCGGUGCCAAUUUCUUUCUGUAAUGAAGUAGACAGUAGGAAACUCCCACAGUUUAAGUACCGAAGGACAGUGUGGCCCCGAGCAUGUUAUCUAAACUCUUCCAGCAUGUUUUCUGGUUCAUGUGACUGUUCUGAGGGCUGCAUAGACAUACAAAAAUGUGCAUGUCUUCAGUUGACAGCAAAGACUGCCAAAGCAUGUUCCUUGUCACCUGAAGGAGAAUGUACCGGAUAUAAUUAUAAAAGACUGCAGAGACUUGUACCUACUGGCAUUUACGAAUGCAACCUGUUGUGCAAGUGUAGCCGUCAGUUGUGUCAAAACCGAGUCGUCCAGCAUGGUCCCCAGGUGAGGCUGCAGGUGUUUAAAAGUGAGAAGAAGGGCUGGGGAGUGCGCUGCCUGGAUGACAUUGACAGAGGCACAUUUGUGUGCAUUUAUUCAGGAAGAUUAUUAAGCAGAGCUACUCCUGAGAAAACCAAUACUGAUAAGAACAGAAGAGAACAACAAAACAAUAUGGAAAAUGAGCUUUCCAAAAAGAGGAAAAUAGAAGUUGCAUGUUCAGAUGAAACACAACCUAGCAGUCCUAAAACUGAGCAAUGUUCUCUUAAGUUUAGCAGUGAUCUCAGAGAGCCUGUAAUAGAAAUGAACUAUAGAAAUACUUCAAAAACUCAGCGUCGCUCAGUCAUUAGAAGCCCUAAAUUGAAGACAGCUAUUUUUCACCGCAAUGAGAAAGACAUGGGUUUUGUUUCUUCAGAGUCUACCACCCCCGAAGAUGAGAAUGGAUUUAAGCCAGCUCCAGAACACCUAAACUCUAAAGCUAGCACUCACGAGGAUGUAAGUUCAAACCCAGUUGGCCACUCCGAAGACGGACAGCUGGUUGAAUCAGACGUGAUAGAUAUAACUAGAAGUCGAGAAGACACUGCACCAGAGGGCAGGUGGAAGCACAUAGCCACACUGAAUAAUGAGAAAACUGAAAAGGUGCUUGAAGUUCCAGUAAAGUCCCGAGAAAAAGAAUCUGCAGCUUCUCACACUCAGCUGGGCUUCUGCGAUGAAAAGUUGCCAAAUGAAAGGACGAAGACUCUGUCACCUUCCUUAAUGAAGCUCAGUAAAGAGAAUGUGUUCCUAUUGGAUGCUUCAAAAGAAGGAAAUGUGGGUCGUUUCCUUAAUCAUAGUUGUUCCCCGAAUCUCUGUGUACAGAAUGUUUUUGUAGAAACACAUGACAGGAAUUUUCCAUUGGUUGCCUUCUUUACCAACAGGUAUGUGAAAGCAAGAACAGAACUGACAUGGGAUUAUGGUUAUGAAGCUGGGACCGUGCCUGAAAAGGAAAUCCUCUGCCAGUGUGGGGACUGUCAGGCUCCAGAAAUGAUGGAAAAAAGGAUCUGUGCCUUCUGCCCCGAAGACCAUGACUGGAGUGUGAUAUACUGUGCACGAUCCGAGAAUAUAGCUGCUCAUGAAAACUGUUUGCUGUAUUCAUCAGGACUGGUGGAGUGCGAAGACCAUGGUCACCUUAGCAAAGCCAGAAACUUUGAUGUGAAAUCCGUGAAAAAAGAGUUCAGGAGAGGAAGAAGACUGACUUGCACAUUUUGUAAUAAAAAAGGAGCCACUGUGGGAUGUGAGGAAAAAUCCUGUACGAAGAGUUACCACUUUUUCUGUGCCAAGAAGGACAACUCGGUUCUACAAGUUGACGCAGUUAAAGGAACUUAUAUAUUGUUUUGCCAACAACAUGCUCCAGAACUACCAGGGACCAGUCAAAGUGCUGAGGGCCCAAGCUUACAAAAGAAGAGAGGAAGGAAGAAACGCCUCCCAUCAAGCAUCCCCGAACAGCCAACAAACAUGAAGUUUAGCAGAUCCAAGAGACGCAUGACAAAAGAGGCCCUCGAUCACAAAGAUGCAACUGUCAAAGUUCCUUUUCUUAAGAAAUGCCAGGAAGCGGGACUUCUUAAUGAAUUAUUUGAAGGGAUACUAGAAAAACUUGAUUUAAUUCAAGAAAAGCUCCUGAAUGAGACCGCUUCAGAAUCAGACUAUGAAGACAUUGAGACUCUACUAUUUGACUGUGGAGUGUUUGAAGACACAUUAAUAAAAUUCCAAAAAGUAAUACAGAAUAAAGCUUGUGAACAAGAAGAAAUGCAGAGGCAGCUGAAGCAGCAGCUGGAGGCACUUGGGAGCUUAGAACAAACCUUGUGCUCAUUUCAAGAAAAUGGAGACCACUCAAGUUCGUCUUCAGGAGUCUCGCCACCUCCCCAGUUCAAAUGCGGGGAGUCUACUGACUGAAAUGCAAGUAGGCUCAGAAGAGUCUGCCACAGGCGCAUAGGUUCCCUUCCCCCUCCCCCGCUCAUGGCUAUUUUAUACCUGACUGGGUGUUUCUUGUCACCUCUCGUCAUCCCACUUGUCCUCCUUUCUCCUUGUUAGUAUAAAACUGUUCCUCAGGUCAACUGGAUCAGCUGAGAACAGAUCUUUCCAUGUAUUCACCAAGGAACAAGGAAGUCUUAUCUAUUGGUUGAUGCCUUCCCUACUCACCCCAGUCAACUGCAGCAAUACCAGAGCCUUUGCACAUCCUGCUGUGAAAUCUCAGAACUUUUCCUUGCCUCUGCUGGCCCUCUAGGUCUCAUAGUAGUCUCCUCUCAGUAUUAGUAACUCCAUUACAAUAGAGCAGAAACUCAUUCCCGUGGUUUGCUUACUGUUAACCUGGGUUCCUGCUCACUACCACAUUUCCAAGACUUAGCAG